AUGCACAGAACUUUCACUCAUGUUUUGAAGAGGUCAAUACCUCCUCGCCCUAUUACAUUGUCAUCCGCUAGAUCUACUUGCUCUCCUGUGUAUUUCAAUGCACAACAAGUAAUUGGACAGCGUUUCAAUAGCACAAGGGCUUCACAGAAUGAACAAGGAGAUGCUUCAUCAUCCUCAGCAGCAGCACCACCACCAAAGAACGAAGAACAAACUGCUGAGCAUAAUACUGAGCAAGCAGCACCAGAAGCUGAAGCUGAAAAUGUCGAGAGUCCAGAGUUGAUUGAAUUGAGAGAGAAAUUGGAUAAAAAGGACAAGGAUUUGGCAGCAAUGAAGAAUCACUAUACCAGAGCAAAGGCUGAUUUCCGUCAUUUACAAGAAACUACAAAAGUGGAAGUGGAAAAGGCCAAGAACUUUGCUUUGCAGAAAUUUGCCAAAGACUUGCUCGAGUCCGUCGACAACUUUGACUUAGCCUUAGGCCACGUCAAACAAGAAACUUUGGAGAAAAACACCGAGGUUAAAAACUUGUAUGAUGGUGUUAAUAUGACCAAGGAUGUGUUUUUGAAAACACUUUUCAAGUUUGGUAUCAAGAAAAUCGAACCCUUGGAUGAACCAUUUGACCCUAAUUUGCACGAGGCAGUGUUUGAGGCUCCUCACCCAGAUAAGACCCCAGGCACCGUCUUUUUCGUCCAACAAAAUGGUUUCACCUUAAAUGACAGAGUGUUGAGACCUGCAAAGGUUGGAUUGGUAAAGGUUGAGGAAUAG